ACAUCGCAAAGCCGGCAUAAUAGCUGACACGAGUCAGUAGCUAACAGAUUCUACUGUGUCUGUAGCACAUUCAAAAUGUUCGGUAAAGGAAGUUUAAUAAUUUUGCUGCUGAUUGCUUAUUGUGAUUAUUGUGUAGGAUGUAGAAAAUUUUAUUUGACCAAGGAUGGCGACACAAUCGAAGCCAUCGCUAAAGAUAAUCCUCCGCUGACGUUUUCGCAAUUGCGUUAUUUGAAUCCAGAUGUUGGUCUGAAAAAUUUAUCGCUGAAAACUAAUUUGUGCAUCGAUGCAGAUGAUGUAGCUGUAAAGGACAACAAAUUAUGCAAACGUUAUGGACCAAUCGAUGCAGAUAUCGAAUCUGUCAGUGACAAUUUCCCAUGGCUGGUGCACAUUCGGGCACAGGAUCCGGCCGGGGACAACGGGGAGAUGGACAGUCAGUACUGUACCGGUACAUUACUGAACGCACGGGCGGUGCUAACUACACGGACUUGCGUCACCAAUGACCCAAACCAAGGAACGAUGCGUCCAGCAGCGAAUCACGGUGUAGCGCUGGCGGUGGACAAGAUCAGCGGCUUCGGCCUGCCCUACGUCCCGGUGGAGAAGAUUUUUCCGGGGCAGCACUUCAAAAUCGCCGGCGACGAUAUUGCCAUCCUGCAGUUAUCCCAACCGGUGGCGGCCACCGAGUUCGUCCAUCUCCCGGAAUCGCGCGAGCAAGUGCUGUGCCCUGAUACAGCCGGGUCACUUGUGGGAUGGGAUCCGUACGCGACCGACACCGGUGUGACGGUCCAACGAAUAAACGGCCACAUUAUGGAAAGCGAUAAAGGAUGUCGGGGAUUUAUCUAGACAGCAAUGCGCCCGCGGAGAACAUAACGGAGAAGAUAUUGUGCUCCGAUUUGGAAAAGCCGAUGAAACCGUGCGAUGGAUACGUAGGAAGUCCGCUAGUAGUCCAUGAUAAAACAACGGACAACUUUGUACAACUGGGAAUCGCAACUUUGGCACUCCGAACAUUUCAGUGCGACAACAACCACUUCGUCUACGUUAACGUGGCAAAACACCUGUCAUGGAUCCAACAAACGCUCAAAGAAAUUUAGCAAGCAAGCAAGAAAUUAAAUUUAUCGUUUUUUUUAUUGCCUUUGUCUUCCGUUUUUGCACAGUCAUUUAUUCUUUUAUAUGGAAUUACAAAAAUAAUACUGACAAUCAGAAGGCUUUAUAAGCGUUUCUGUUUUUAAAAAAAUUAUAUCGCACCGGAAGUGCUCUAAGGUCGGCCGAAAAAGAAAAGCCGUAUAAAAACUAUUCCCAAAAAAAUUAAAA